UAUAAUGAACAGCAAUUUAUUGGCUUAUGGUUCUGGAGCCUGGGAAGUCCAAGACUAAAGGGCCAGCAGCUGGCAAGGACCUUCUUGCUGUGUCAUCCCACAGUGGAACAGCAAAGAGAGGGCAAGAGUGUGCCAAAAGGGGGACAAACUAGUCCUUUCAUAAAAAAUACGUUGACAACAAACGCACGCCCAUGACAACAACAUUAAUCAUUCCCGACAGUGGGGUCCUCGUGGCCUAAUCACUUUUUCAAGGUACUACAUUUUAACACCGGUAUGACAGGAAUUAAAUUUCAACAGAGGGGAGCAACAUUCAAACCACAGUGGUCUCAAAUACUGGGCUGCCAGUGGAAGAGGAGGCUGAUCUUUAAAAAAUACAGGCUUUAAAAACAGGGACAAUCCCAUGAAGUAAGCUCGCACUGGAAUAGGUAACAGGUAGAGGGAUCCAGGUGGAUAAAACAAUAGACAUUCCCUGCAUCCAAAGCACAUAAAGAGGAGCCCUUUCACCUCAAGAGUCGCUGGGUUCAGAUGCUGAAGGCACCCUGAAGGAACUCCAGACACACCAGCCUCUGCAGUUUUCACAGCCAGCAGCGUUCCUAGGUAGACUGGUUGAGAACAAAUCUUGUUGGAGAGAGUACAAAGAAUGGCUUGUGAAUGCUCGAUAGGUCUUUCGAUAUGUAAGUAGACAUGACUUCCAGCCUAGAGGCUAUCACCUUGGGCUGUGAGUGGCUUGUGUGGUCAUCUGUCCAUCUCUCGGCUGGGCCAGAAACUUGACAUCCUUUCUGAGAGGUGGCCCAGGCUCUGCCUGGGACCCGCUACUCUUCUCCAAAGUACAGUUUGUGUGGAUGGGUUUUUACUGUGGAUCCUGGGCAGGCAAAUGCUGGUGCCCAGUGUGGGGAAGCAGGGUAGAGGUGUGGCCAUUCCCUGCUGGGCGUGGACUUGGCAGCCUUCCUUUGUGUGUGUUCCAUAGUUUCUUCUCCACAUGUCAGCUUUGUGGCUCCAUGAGAACAAGGCGCUCCUGGAGGACAGGCAUUGCAUCUUACCUGUGGCCUCUCUUCCCUAACGCACCCCAGCGCAGACAGCACGCGGUGCAAGCAGUCAGAUGAGCACGGGACCCAGCCCGUCACCUCGGUGCUAUGCUUCCCAUGUAGGUGGAGCAAUACUUCAUGCUAAGCAACUGUUCUGAGAACCAAAAGGAACACUGUAAAAGAACAAAUUGACAUGAAGGGAAGGUCAGAUGGACUAGGGUGGCCAGGCGCGAUGUGGCUCAUGCUGGUAAUCCCAGCGCUUGGGAGGCUGAGGCGGGAGGAUCGCUGGAGCUCAGGAGUUUGAGACCAGCCUGGGUAACACAUCGAGAUCCCGGCUCUAGCAAAACAUUGAUAAAAAUCAGCCGGGCGUGGCGGUGCCCACUGCUGGUCUCAGCCUUUUGACAGGCUGAGGCGGGAGGACCGCUGGAGCCCUGGAGGUCCGGGCUGCAGAGAGCCGAUUUCGCCAUUGCCUUGCAGCCUGGGACACAGCGCGGGCCUCCGUCUCAAAUGCAGGAUUUUAAGAGGCCAGCUCGACUGCCGCGGAGGUCGCGUCCUCUCCGCCCUCAACCCCGGCCCUGGGCCCCCCACGAUCUAGACAGAAACUCGUUUCUCGUGCUCCGCGCCACCCCGGCCCUACUGCCUGUUCCUCCCCGGGGCGUCGGUGGAAGGCUGAGCAACGCGGUCGCGCAUCCCCGACCCUGCGGCCGCCAGAGCCGCUUCCGGGCACUUCCGGCGCCCGUGGCUCCCGUUUCCGCCGGGCGGCGAGAGCGCCGGACCAGCUUCCGGUAGGAGCGUUCGCGGAGCUCCGCUGGGAAGAUGGGGAAAGUGAGGGGGCUGCGCGCCCGCGUGCACCAGGCUGCCGUGAGGCCCAAGGGGGAGGCCGGCCCCGGCCCCGGCCCCGCGCCCCCUGCCCCGGAGGCGGCCCCUCCGCCGGCCUCGGCCGGGAGGAAGGACUGGGCGUUCGUCGACACCAAUAUCUUUGCCAGGACCAAGAUAGACCCCAGCGCCUUGGUGCAGAGGCUGGAGCUGGACGUGAGGAGCGCCGCUUCCGUCAGGAGAGGUGCAGAGGCCAAGACUGUUUUGCCCAAGAAGGAGAAAAUGAAGCUGAGGCGUGAGCGAUGGUUGCAGAAAAUCGAAGCCAUCAAGCUGGCUGAGCAGAAGCACAGGGAGGAGCAGAGGCGGAGGGCCACGGCAGUGGUGGGGGACCUGCGCCCGCUCAGGGACGCUCUGCCCGAGCUGCUGGGGCUCGAGACUGGCAGCCGGCGCCAGGCCCGCAGGGAGAGGAGCAAGCCGCGGCCCUCGGAGCUCAGCCGGAUGAGCACAGCGCAGAGACAGCAGCUUCUCGAGGAAGAAAGGACCCGGUUUCGGGAGAUACUGGCCAGUCCGGCCUACAGAGCCAGCCCCCUGGUGGCCAUUGGGCAGACGCUGGCCCGACAGAUGCAGCUGGAAGGUGGCGGCCAGCUCUGACCAGAGCGGUGGGCUUGCCACGACUUCUCAGGACACACGUGUGGGCCCAGGAGCCAGAGAGCACCGGCCCCUUGAGGACCAAGGCCAGAGCCUGUGGACACCUUUCCCCAGGUUGGCUGUGGGGCUCAGGAAAGGCUCCGUGAACUUCUUCCUCUGUACCCCAGGGCUGUUCCCGUGAGUUGCUCCCCGGUUUCCAGAGCUGGGUCUACCCUGGGACAGCUGCCUCCACCCCACACAGAACAACAAGCCACGUCCCUCUGCUGGGGGCCCCAAGCCCCAGCCAGAGUUGGGGUGGGCUUUGUGGGGUUUGUGGGGAAUGCAGGUGUGGAGGCCUCAGGUCCGAACCUGAGCAGGCACCGGUGCCCCCGACAGCCUCUUGGCUGUGCUGGGAAGGAAUUGUGCCUGGGUGUGACACAGCUGUGCCACUAGCCACCCUGAUUUGCUUUAGUCUCAGUUCCCGCUGCGGCCCUGGUAGGACCCAGGAGCACUGAGGCCUGGAGGGGCUGCCGCAGGGGCUGGCUUGGGCCCUCCCCACCUGAGAGUCUAUUUCCCUCCCAGUCUCCCGCUCCUUCCUCAGUCACCAGGGACGUAGAUGACCCUGGCAAGACCCCCAGCCUGCUCCUUGCUUGUCAUCCGCACCCCCAGGGAUGUGCCCCCACUACCCUGAACAUUGCCCUCGCCCCACCCAGCUGUUCCGAGCCCAGGCGCCCACUGCCUUGCUCUGGGGGUGGAGAGCAGAGGGUCCUUCCGCAGGGAGGAGGUGCGGAGUGGGCCUGGCCCUGGAGCCUCUUGCUGACCCAGUAGCGAAGGGAGGUCCUUUGUUGCUGGAAGCCCUGGGUUUGGAGGUUGGUUGUUGGACUUUGAAUCAGUGACUGAUCAGUCCUUGUUUUAAGGGUGUGGAAGGCAAGGGGUAAUGCGUCCUCAGGCCUCUGAGGCCCAGCAGGGCUCUCCUGGCCUGUGCACCCCCCUCCCAAGUGCCUCGCAGGGCCUCGCUGGCCCAUGUCCUGCAGGGGGUGGGCAGUGACCCCCACUCGGGCGUUUGAGAAGCUCGGAGCAGGACACCCCACUCCCAGGCGGCUGGGCAGUGACCCCACUCGGGCGUUUGGGAAGUUGGGAGCAGGACACCCCCACUCGGGCGUUUGAGAAGCUCGGAGCAGGACACCCCACUCCCAGGGGGCUGGGCAGUGACCCCCACUCGGGCGUUUGGGAAGUUGGGAGCAGGACACCCCCACUCGGGCGUUUGAGAAGCUCGGAGCAGGACACCCCACUCCCAGGGGGCUGGGCAGUGACCCCCACUCGGGCGUUUGGGAAGUUGGGAGCAGGACACUCCCACUCCCAAUCACGGAGCCCUUUGUUGAGCCCGGCACCCUCAGCGGCCCCAGCUGCCUGGGGUGGGGGUGGCACCAGGGGCUCCGGGGCCUCCUGACUCCAGGGUGUGUGGGCGGCCCCUGUGCAUGGCUCCUCUUGUCUCGAGCUCUCAUGCUCCGACCUCCCCGGUCCUGCCACCUGCGAAGGGUUCAAGGCCCCAGCAGCCUCGCCAAGGCUGCCUGGCGGGUGGGUGGCUGAGGCGACUUGGAGCCUGUGUCCUUCUGUUCAGCGUCCUGGCCCUUCCUGACAGAAGCAGACAUGGCAUCUGCAGAGACACCAUGAACACCUCCAAGGCCCUGGCUGAUGGGACAGACGGGCAUACGGGCGCCAUAGGCAGCAGGUCUCACACUCCCUCGACCGGGGCCAGCUUGGCUGCCGUGCCCCAGCUCCUUAGAGAAAGGGCUUCUCACUUUGGAGGAGCUGGUCACAAACCAGUGCUUGUGACAAAACCGUUUUGUGGUGGUAGAGCAAGUGUUGGGAACAGGUCUGGGAUGUAGGUAGCACAGUGUGGUGGGGGGCGGGUGGGGCGGCUUCUAGACCAGCCUGGCAACAUAGUGAGACCCCAUCUCAACAAAAAAUACCCAAAUCAGCCAGGCAUGGGGGUGUGCACCUGUAGUCCUAGGUACUGGGGAGGCUGGGGUGGGAGGAUUGCUUGAGCCCAGGAGGCCAUAGCCAUUGUGAGCCAAGAUCGCACCACUGCACUCCAGCCUGGGUGACAGAGUGGCCCUGUCUCAAAAAAAUAACAAAUAAAUAAAAAUGUAAAAACCCUCUUA